GCGACGAUUUCGAGUCUACGCGAAGUUUAACAGUGUCAUUUACAAGUAAAUAUGGCCAUCGGUAAAUUAGAAGUGUUUAAUGUUGAGUCGGACAGCUGGUCGACUUACGUGGAGCGGUUGGAGCAAUAUUUCGUUGUCAACGAAACAAAGGAAGAACACAAAGUGCCUACGUUGAUAACGGUUAUGGGAAAUCAAGCCUACGAGCUAUUAGUAACCCUGUGUACACCCGAUAAACCGGCAAGUAAAAAAUUCGCGGAGUUAGUGAAAGUGAUGAGCGGCCAUUUGCAACCGAAACCGAGUUUGUUAGCAGAGCGAUACCGGUUUCGUAACAGGAAACAAAAGACUGGCGAAUCGGUUGCGGAUUUUGUUGCAGAACUCAAAAAGUUAGCAAAGCAUUGCGUCUUUGGGACCCAGCUGACAGAAAGUUUAAGAGAUCAGCUAGUGUGUGGGCUUUGUGAUGAAACAAUACGGCAGCGGUUGUUUACCGAAGAUAAUAUUUCGUUUGACCGGGCAUUACAAGUGGCGGUAGCGAUGGAGGCAGCGCAGACAAACGCAGCGGCAGUAGUGGAGGGUCGGGCAAAAGGCUUGGAAGGCAGCCCGAGUACGUCGAGUGGUUGUCAUGCGGUAUCAGAGCAAUCAUGGCGCGGCAGGAGAGCGAUGACGUCAUACCGAGCGACCAACAACAAGGAGACGCGGCCUGGUAACAGCGCGCCGCAACCUUCGGGGUCCAGGCGCCAGGACCAGGCACCUCGAGGUUGGCGCCGUAACGAACAAACAGCACCACGCACUUCAUCGGGGCCGGAAUGUAGUGUUUGUGGUCGGCCGCAUGACUCAUCGAGUUGUAAAUUUGCAAAUUAUGUUUGUCGCGUGUGCAAUCAGCCGGGGCAUUUGAAGAAGAUGUGUCCUAGAUACCGUGAAGUAUUUGCGGAGGGGCUCGGGCGGUACACGGGUGGCGAGGUGAGUCUGCGGGUGCGCGAGGGCGCGAGGCCCGUGUUCCUGCGCGCGCGACCGCUGGCGUACGCGCUGCGCGAGCCGGUGGAGCGCGCGCUGGAGCAGCUGGAGCGCGACGGCGUCAUCACGCCGGUAGACUCGUCGGACUGGGCCACACCGAUCGUACCCGUCGUCAAGACGGACGGAACCAUUAGGGUAUGUGGAGAUUUUAAGUCUACGCUUAAUAAAUGCCUGGAGAUAGAUCGUUUUCCAUUACCGAGAGUAGAGGAUUUAUUAACCAAGCUAAAUGGAGGGGAAAAGUUUACCAAAAUUGACUUGUCUCAGGCAUAUGCCCAGUUUGUUCUGGAUGAGCGCUCUAGAGCUUAUACAGUUAUCAACACACAUCGAGGGUUGUAUAGGUAUAAUAGGUUAAUUUACGGAUUGUCCUCGAGUCCUGGCAUUUUCCAGCGAAAGCUGGAACAGAUGUUUGCCGAUCUUCCCAGAGUAGGAGUGUUCCUAGAUGACGUUAUUUUGACGGGAACGAAUGACCAAGAGCACAUAGAAACAUUGCAUAAAGUGCUAGGUAGGUUGCAGAAGUUUGGCUUAAAAAUUAAAAAAGAGAAAUGCAAAUUUUUCGCCACGUCGGUCACUUAUUUAGGAUAUGUAGUGGAUAAAGAGGGCAUCCAUACAAAUCCGGACAAAAUAAAAGCUAUCGAGCAGGUACCUACUCCUACUGGCGCAACAGGGUUGCGAGCGUUUUUAGGUAUGGUCAUGUAUUAUGCGAAAUUCGUUAAAAAUAUAAGUUCCACGUUGGCACCUCUGUAUGCGUUACUAAGAAAGGGAGUAAAAUUUGAGUGGUCCGAACAAUGCAGGGACGCAUUUUGCGAGGUAAAAAAAUUAUUGGCAAGUAGUACCGUAUUAGUGCACUAUUCCCCGGGGUUACCGGUGGUACUGACCACGGAUGCGAGUAGCGUGGGGGUAGCCGGGGUCAUUUCCCAUUUGAUGCCGGACGGAAGUGAAAGACCGAUUGCUUACGCUUCGCGGGUACUUAACGCGGCAGAACGCGGAUAUUCCCAAAUAGAUCGAGAAGCUUUAGCUAUAAUUUUUAGUGUGAAGAAAUUCCAUCAUUAUUUGUAUGGCCGCAAGUUCCUCCUUAAGACAGAUCAUAAGCCUCUCGUUGCUAUUUUUGGCCCAAAGUCGGGUAUACCCGUGAUGGCGGCUUCGAGAAUGCAAAGGUGGGCGGUGAUACUUUCGGGUUAUGACUAUGAUAUACAGUACGUUAAUACCAGUCAAAAUGGCGCCGAUGCAUUGUCGAGGUUGCCGCACAAGGGGGACGUUGGGGAGAAACAACCGGAGUGCACUUACCUUAAUUUUGUUAAUGAUUUUUUACCUAUCACUCACAAACAGGUUUGUGAGGAGGUAAAGAAAGAUAUAUUAUUGAGUAAAAUCAUUUUAUACUUACAGUCAGGGUGGCCCUCCCACAACUCAAACGCCGAUUUGCAACCCUAUUUCAUAAGAAAGAACGAGUUAUACUUAGACUCUGGUUGCGUUAUGUGGGGUUAUAGGAUUAUUAUUCCACCGGUGCUUAGGGAACAAAUCCUUCAGGAACUACAUGUAGGACACUUAGGGAUAGUAAAAAUGAAGGCCGUGGCCCGAAGCUACGUGUGGUGGCCCGGUAUUGAUGCCGACAUUGAGGCGUGCUGCGCGGGUUGUCACACGUGCGCAGCGGAGGCACCGGCGCCGCCGCGCGCGCCGGUUAUGCCGUGGGAGUACCCCGGGGACGUAUGGACGCGGGUGCACGUCGAUUUUUUGGGUCCGUGGCAUGGUAAAACUUUUUUGAUUUUAAUAGAUGCGUCUUCUAAGUGGAUAGAGGCUUUCUUAAUGACAACCACUACAGGAGCGGCAGUACUAAAAGUGCUAAGGGAGAUAUUUGCACGUUUUGGCGUUCCUAAACAGGUAGUUUCGGACAACGGGCCUCCAUUUACUAGCAGGGAGGUGGAUACCUUCAUGCGAUAUUAUGGUAUUACUCAUACUUUUACACCCGCAUACCACCCGGCAUCAAAUGGGGCCGCCGAAACAGCUGUUAAGUUGUGCAAAAGGGCGCUUAAAAAGGCAGUUAGAGAUCAAGUAGAUGUGGAAGAGGCUCUUCAGGAAUAUUUGAUGGCAUAUAGGAAUACUCCCCACAGCACAACGGGACAAACACCGGCCAUGCUUCUCCAAAAGCGGGCAUUGCGUUGCCGUCUGGACAUGUUACGGCCUGGUCGCGGGCUCGAGCAGCGUGUGGAGGCGGCACAAGAAAGGCAGGUGCAGCAGGCGGGGGGUACCGAUAGGGCGUUCCGGAUAGGAGAUCUUGUGUGGUUUAGGGAUUACAGCUCGGGGGAGAAAUGGCUUAAAGGGAAGGUGGAUAGCUUGAUAGGUUCUAGGACUGUGUUAGUGGUAAAGGAAAACGAUUUAUCAACUAGGUUUAAGAGGCAUGUAGAUCAAGUUAGAGCGCGAUCACCAGUUUCCGCGUUGGCGUGGCCUGGUCCGAUGGACCAUCCUGGAAUCACCCAACCACCGAUACCACCCGUGCCGCCGUCAGUGCAGAGGCCUCGUCGGAAUUUACCACCGGUCGAUCAUUACGGUGAUCCUCUUUUAUAUUAG